AUGCGCGCACACAAGCCCGGCAACCUGCCCAACUGGCCCCCGCAACUGCCAGACGGCCCACCCCCCGAGCCGCCCGCGUCCACUUCAUCUGGCUCGGACGACACGACCGUCGCAGCGCCCAUGGACCGCUCCACGACCGGCACCGCGAGCCACCAGCACGCCCACGACCCGCAGCCGCAACCUCUGCGCGCGUUCGACUUUGGCGCGUGGUCGCCCUUGGACGCCAACUCGCCGUCGGCGUCGCAUCGGCCACCACCUGCAGGGGUCACCACCACCUCGCCCGGCUUCCCUCACCUCGAGCCACCCCCGCACCACCACCACCAGCACCGCCACCAGCAGCAGCCGUUCACGUCGUACCAGGCCGAGCCCCUCCCGAUCGACCAGCCCUCGUCGUUGUGGCCCUCGCCGGGCUUCUUCUCCGCCGAGCGCCAGUCGCUCCAGCACGCCAACAACGGCUACCACGGCGUGUCGCUCUCGAUGCUCGAAAUGGGCGGCAUACCCCCGCCGUCCGCCGCCUCGUCGUCGUCCCAGCCGCGAUCGAGCACCGGCACGACGGCCAACUCGUUCGGCAUGCCCUCGUCCGCCCCGACCUCGUCCUCGUUCAUGCAGGUCGACGAGCCCGCACCCCUGUACGACCCCUGGCGCGCCUCGACCCAUCAGCAGCACCAGCAUGCCCCUUCCGCCGACCCGCACCACCACCUCCACUCGCCCGACCCGAGUACGACCUCGCCCCGCGCAACCAAGCGCUCGCGCAACGAGUCGGACACGUCGGCGUCGAGCAUCUCGGCGCUCGAGGCCCUCACGAGCGCCGGCGCCCUCGGCGAGUACCCGCUCUUCGGCGGCCAGGCGUUCGGCGCCCUGCAGCAGCACGUCGGCGGCUCGUGGCAGCCGCAGCUGCAGCCGUUGUCGCAGCACCAGCAGGGUCAGGGCGGCGACGAUGGCGCGUCGGCGAUGCGGCGCGCCGACCGCAGCCUGAGUGGCGCGAGCGGGAGCGGGAGCGGGACGGGCAGCGGCAGCGGCAGCGGCAGCGGCGAGAACGGGAGCGCGAGCGGCGGCGUCGACAGCUCGCGCACGAGCGGCGGCGACGGCGGGUCGUCGCGCCCGAGAAAGGGCGGCGCCGCGCCGGCGCCGGACGCCAGCGCGAGCGGGCUCGCCGCCUCGGCUGGCGCGGCGGUCGACGACAAGAAGAUCGUGCAGCGCGCCGACAAGAGCUGCAAGAAGUGCCGGGAGCGUCGAGUGCGGUGCGACCGAGCGUGGCCGGCGUGCGCGAGGUGCCUCAAGCGGCGCGAGACGUGCGAGUGGACCGACGUGACCAACGUGGACGAGAUCGAGGAGGGAGGCGACGCCGAGCAGAUCUCGCAGCUCCAGGCCAAGGUCGCCGCGCUCGAGCGCCAGCUCAAGUCGACCUCGUUCGGCCACGGUGACGGCGGCGGCGACGCGAGCAACAGCAACGGCGGCAGCAACAGCGGGCACAAGGCGUCGCCCUCGGCCGCCGGCGGGUCGCAGCGCGCCAUCAGCGACUCGUUCGCCAACGCACGUGCGUCCUACUCGACCUAUCCGCUCGACAGCGCGGCGGCGAGCAUCCCGGGCGCCGUGCAGGACAUCUGGACCAAGACGUUGCAGCUCGGCCAGGACGAGGGCGACGUCGUCGCCAAGUUCGUCGCGCAGCAGACGGGCGCCGACCUGGACCUCGGGCGCAGCAACGUGCACUGGCGCAUCGGCCAAGUCGAGAUGGCGAGGCACCUCACGUGCCACCUCAUGGACGCCGCCCUAUACGCCUGCUGCUCGAAGCUGCCGGGCGUCAAGCCGCUCGCCGACCGCAUCGGGUUCUACAAGAUGCACCUCGACACGCUCGACCCGGCGCAGCAGUGCGCCGUCGCCGUCCUGUGCGCGCUCGGCGCCCGCGCCACGCCGCACUCGCAGCUCCUCGGCAUCAGCUCGAUCCACCUGGCCGACGGCACGCCAAGUCCGCCCGCCUACCUGUUCGCCGGCGAGCGGCGCGAGCUCGCGUGCCGCCAGCUCGAGGCCCGUGCGCGCGAGCUGUGCUGGAGCCACAACUUCUUCCAGGAGACCGAGCCGUCGAUGCUCGACGGCAUGGUCGGCCUUGUCCAACUGCUCAUCUACGAGGAGGUCCUCCCUCGGCAGAGCCGCUUCUUCGCCCGCAACGCCAUCGGCAUGUACUUCGACAUUCGGCACGACGCGCUCGAGCGCGGCGAGCGCACGAGCAAGGACCCUCGGAUCGGCCCCGGCUGCGCCCUCUUCCUCGCCGACGCCAUCAUCUCGUCGGCCUCGUCCCGCCCCUCGUACAUCACGACGGGCGAGCUCGACCAGUACAUCGUCACCGACGGCGUCCAGAUCCCCGACUUCCCGAACGCCGACCUCGGCGACGAGCUGCGCAAGUGCACGCAACGGCCGUUGACGGUCGAGAAGCUCGUCGACGCGCUCACGACGUCGUGCCUGUGGGUCUGUGGCUGCGCGAGGCUCUUUGCCCAGCUCUCGACCGGUCGCCGCCAGAACGCGCCCUCGACGCUCCCGUUGCUCAAGAGCCUGUGGAAGCUCAUCGACAAGGUCCACAACGCGAUCCAGGAGCUGCAGCAGCUCCUCGUUGGCCUCGCGUGCAACCAGGUCGCCGGCUGCGAGGACCAGCCGUUCGGCCUCGAGCACUUUGUCCUGCUCGGCGUGCGGUACGACUCGCUCCUUGUCGACUUGAUCAACCUCCAGCACGUGUACCUCAUGAAGAACCGCGAUGGUCCCGGCACGUGGGCCGAGCGCGAGGACGACCCGCUCCUGUCGUCGAUGCGCCAAGAGUCCGAGUUGCGCGUCCGCAAGUGCCUCAAGCUCGCGUCGUUCUACGCCCAGCUGUACCUCCAGAGCCAGGACAAGCACCUCGUGCACCACAUGAUCAUGGAGCUCGAGAUGCUCCCCGAGUGGACGACGUGGGCGGCGCAGCGCGUCGGUCAGCCGGGCGGGCCCGUCUCGGAGGAAUACGAGGUGUCGGUCGACGAGCUCGACUGGUUCCAGCAGGCGCUCGAGCUCAGCUCGUACUACACGCCAAAGGCGGCGCACCGCCUCCAAGCCCUUUCGCAGGCGAGGCAGCGCUUCCAGAGCCGCAAAGCCGAGACCGUCGAGGAGCAGCUCCGCAACGCGCCCAAUCCGCUUCCCUCGAGCGCCCUCCCCGGCGUCGACCACGUCAGCGGCCACCAAGCCGCCAUCGAGUCGCACGAGGCCGACAACCCGCACUACCACUACGACUUGCCGCCCAACAGCCGGGCGUCGUUCGCGGCGCUCGCUCCCCCCGACGAUCCUCAACUCAUGUAUCACGUCUCGAGCGACCACGCCCAGCUCCCGACCCCGUCCCAGCUCUACAUCUUUGACACGUUCGGCGUCGCGUCGUCGCAAGGCCAAGCCCUCAUGGACCAGCCGCCCGUGCCCGAGCUCGACUUUGUUCAGGAGCGCUUUGACGGGCGCGACAAGUGGUCCGAGCUGGGCGUGCGCGACGGGCAGCAGGCGCUCGAGAGCCAGUACUCGGCGGUCGGGCAGGGGCCUGAGCGCGACAGGGAGCGGAGCGAGGAGUGGAUGAGGAGCGCCGGGAGGAGCAGGGAGACGAGGCCAGAGUGCGAGUGGAAGGGCGACUGAGCGGCAGGGGAGCGGACGGUGACGGAAGAAGGAGGAGACGCGCGCGACAUCUUACCACGCCGAGUGCGCCUGUUCGAGCGACGCCUGUCGUACUGUAGCCAUUUCUGUCACUUCUAGACGUGCUCUGUGCCUCUCUC